CUCCCAACCCACUAAGAAACCUAAUCCUUCUCAACCUUCAUGCACGCUAUCAUUUUUUUCUCGGCUUCCUGACACAAAACAGCCAACGCAUCGACGCCACUCCUCUCUUCUCCAUCUCUUCCUCACGGCCGACGGUCCACCUCCUUUCCACCGUCGUCAGUCAGUCACCAUCUCCUUCCCUCUUCGAUUCACACCGCAGCCAAGGAACUCUUCAUCCACGUCACCCUUCAUGAUUUUCUGCCCUGACACCAUCGCUUCCACUGUCGGCUUCUCACGCUCCGAACGUCGGACGCUGCUCUGCUCUCUAUCGCACACCACGAAGGCCGGCGGUGCCACCCUCACCUUCCUUGUCACCGUCGGCCGGCUGCCACCUCUCCACUUUAUCUCAAUCCUCCACCGCAUUCCCUCGCCCCCAAUCUACUGCUGGUGCUUCAUCUCCGCCAUGCCCAAAAUCAGUCGUCGCCCUUCCUCUCCUCUUCGGGUUAGAAGUGGAGCUUCUCCCAUCAUCCAUGUGACUUUGUCCACCUCUGCUGUUAGUUUUCACCCAUCAGGCCAACCAUCUCCUUCUUCGGGCUAGAAGAAGAGAUUCGACCGCCCUUCCUCCCAGCAGUAGCCCUUCUUCGCAUUCCAACAGUUCUUCCUUCCUUCAUCCUCUGGGCAGCAUCUUUCUUCCGACCUGUGGUUGAUCUUCAUGUGUUAGUUGGGUUGAUUUGGUUAUACAUCGUUUAUGUCUGUGGAUUGUUAUUGUUGAAUGUUUAGUGCUUGUAUUAAUUUGACCUCCUAUGUUUCAAUUCACACACAUUAUGGUUUCAUUGACUCAUGCCCACCAAGUGUUUGAUUAAAUGUCUUUUCUAUUAGAUAGGUUUUAGUUGAUGCAAUUUCUUUAAUUUAAUUCCAUGUAAUGCUUGUUAGUUUAGUGAUUUUGUUUCCACGAUGCUUGUUCUUCAUUUGGAUGUCAUUAGGUUAGACUAGUUUCCACUUCCAUCGGUCCUGAAUAACCUUCUAGUUCACUUGUUCUUAGACUUUGAGAUCAAUGGAAUGGAAAAUCUAUAAGUUCCUGGUUUUUUGGGUGCACUUCCACUAGUCCUGAAUAACCUCAACUGUUGUGCUAUCCCCUAAAAGUGUUAACUUUGAAGUGCAAGCUCUGAUGGGCUUCAAAGCAUCUAUAGAGGAUCUGCAUAAUGUUCUGGAGAACUGGGACUAGAUCUAUGUUGAUCCAUGUAGUUGGACCAUGAUCACUUGCUCAUCUCAAAACCUGAGGCACUCCAAGCCAGAAUCUAUCUGGUGUACCUUUUGCGAGCAUUGGAAAUUUGACAAAUCUAGAAAUUGUAAUGGAUUUGCAUUGUUGCUGGAGUCAGUUUUGGGUGACAAAACUUUGACUGGGUCUGAAUCUCAACAUUGUGAAUCUAUAAACACCUACAUAGAGCAAAUACUAAUCAUCCCAGUCAGACCUUGUCAUGUGGACUACAGAAACAAUCUUAUAUGUCAUCAGCAAGAUAUUUUGAAGGUGAAUGGAGGUAUUCAAAAACUCUAGCUAAAUAGCUUGGGUAUGAAUGAUUACAAGAGCAACAACUACAUGCUAUGUGGUACUGCAUCCGAACCUCAGGGGUGUGACUGGGAAGUACUUCGAUGAAGAACUAUAAGAAUGCUUUGGGAUUUAAGCGAGAAGAUGGCUAAAGCAAUGAGUAAAGAACAUUCAAGUCAAGAGGAUAAGUAUCAUUUGUCAAGAUCCUUUAAGUUCAUGCAAUAAGAUGUAGUUGAUAGGGGUAGUUUUGAGUAUCUCCUAAUUAAAAUUUCUUUGUAUGCGAGUAAUUAUGUUUGUUAUAGAAGUGUAAGGAUGAUAAUUUGUAUAUUUAUCUUGGUUGUUUAUUUGAUAAUAUAUUAUUGAUUGAAGUA